AAAAAGAAGAAAUACAAACUCGUCUGUAUUUUAUCUGGUCUGUCAAAAUGGAGACACGGAUGAUUUUACUCAUGAUCUUCACUGCAGUUUCAGGCUCAUUUGCAGAUACAAUUGGACCAGAAGGAGACACGUAUAUAAUCGGUCAUGAAGGAGAUUCUGUCACACUGAAUUGCAAAUAUGAAGCAGACAGCAAUUAUGUUUGGCUUUACUGGUACAGACAGUUUCCUAACACAGAACCUCAGUUUAUAAUGUGGAAAGGUGCCCGAGCAGAAGAUGGCAAGAAAAACAUACCAAAUCCUAAUGAAUUUGAUUCCUCUACAUCCAGAACAUCUACACAACUGAUCAUUAAAAAAUCUGCUCUGAAAGAUUCAGCUCUUUAUUACUGUGCUCUUUGGACAGACCCAGUGAUACAAAGUGAUGCUAAUGAGAAUCCUAUCAGACCAGACAACACAUCUGUGUCUAUAACUGAAGGACACAACAUCACUCUGUCCUGUACAUAUGAUGGAUCAGCUUACAGUCUUCACUGGUACCGGCAGACGUCUGGAUCAACACCAGAGUUUCUAGUGCUUAUUAGGGAGUCCGAUAAAUAUAUCACCAAAUCUACUCCACCUCAAGCACAUAUGAGCAUCAGACUUCAUGAUAAACAAGUGUAUCUGGAGAUCUCCUCUGUUAAAGUCACAGACUCUGCUCUGGUUGAAACUAAACUCUACAGGACAUCGGCCCUUCAGGAGCUGAGUUGA